AUGGGCUACGAGGUGAAAGGGCAAGAAGAUAAAGUCUUGAAGUUAAAGAAGGCCCUAUACGUACUAAAGCAAGCACCAAGGGCAAGGAAUAGCAGGAUCGAUAAGUACUUGGAGGAGAAUGGCUUCACCAAAUGCCCUCACGAGCAUGCUCUCUACAUGAAAGCCAAUGGAGGAGAUGUCUUAAUUAUGAUUGAGGAGUUCAAGAAGGCCAUGUCAAAGGAGUUCGAGAUGACAGACAUUGGGCUGAUGGCGUACUACCUCGGCGUGGAAGUCAAGCAACUCGAAGAUGGGAUCUUCAUCACACAAGAAGGAUACGCCAAGGAAAUCCUCAAGAAGUUCAAGAUGGAGGGCUGCAAAGCAACCAACACGCCAGUGGAAUGCGGGAUAAAAUUAUCCAAGAACGAUGGAGGAGAAAAGGUGGACCCGACAUUGUUCAAGAGCUUGGUUGGAAGUUUACGGUACUUAACUUGCACAAGGCCGGACAUUCUUUAUGCGACAGGACUCGUGAGUCGCUAUAUGGAGAAUCCAACCACUACGCAUUUUAAGGCGGCAAAGAGAAUUCUUCGCUACCUCAAAGGUACGCUCAACUAUGGCCUAUUCUACUCAAGUACUAAUCAAUAUAAGCUUGUCGGGUAUAGUGAUAGCGAUUGGGCUGAAGAUAAUGAUGAUCGGAAGAGUACAAGCGGUUUCGUAUUUUUCAUGGGAGACACUGCUUUCACCUGGAUGUCGAAGAAGCAACCCAUAGUCACGCUGUCAACAUGUGAAGCUGAAUAUGUGGCUGCCACAUCCAGUGUUUGUCAUGCAGUUUGGCUACGAAGUUUACUGGAAGAGCUUGGAUGGUCACAAAAGGAGCCAACAACUAUUUGCGUGGAUAAUAAGUCAGCAAUCGCGCUCUCAAAGAAUCCGGUGUUUCAUAAUCGAAGUAAGCAUAUUGACACCCGCUUCCACUACAUCAGAGAAUGCAUCACAAAGAAGGAAGUUCAAGUGGAAUACGUGAAAUCACAAGAUCAAGUUGCAGACAUCUUCACAAAGCCACUCAAGUACGAAGAUUUUAUCAUGCUGAGAAGUUUGCUCGGAAUGAUAAAUCAAGUUUAA